GAGGGAAGGGGCCCCGUUGGUCGGUCUGGAACGAGGCGCCGCCGGCCCGGUCCGCGCCGAGCCGUUGCCAUGGCAGCCGCUGCCGGGGGCGCGGACGAGGAGCCUCGCUCCGGCCGCUCGAGCUCGGACGGCGAGUGCGCGGUGGCCCCGGAGCUGCUGACGGCCCCCUUCUCCUUCGCCGACUGGGGGGCCGCGCUGGGCAGCGGCGCGGCCCGGCCCGGCCCGGCGUCCGACGGAUCCCAGUCCCCGCUGCGCUACCUCCACGUCCUGUGGCAGCAGGACUCCGAGGCCCGCGAUGAGCUCCGUUGCAAGAUCCCCGUCGGCCGGCUGAGGCGCGCCAGGCCGCACCGGCGGCUCGGGCCCACCGGCAAGGAGGUGCACGCUCUGAAGAGGCUGAGGGACUCGGCCAACGCGAACGACGUGGAAACAGUGCAGCAGCUGCUGGAGGAUGGCGUGGACCCCUGCGCUGCUGACAGCAAGGGCCGCACGGCCCUGCACUUUGCCUCUUGCAACGGGAACGACCGGAUCGUGCAGCUGCUCCUGGACCACGGGGCCGAUCCGAACCAGCGGGACAGGCUGGGGAACACACCGCUGCAUCUGGCGGCCUGCACCAACCACGUGCCUGUCAUCACCACCCUGCUUCGAGGAGGUGCCCGGGUGGACGCCCUGGACCGAGCUGGCCGCACGCCCCUGCACCUGGCCAAGUCCAAGCUGAACAUCCUGCAGGAGGGCCACUCGCAGUGCCUGGAGGCUGUGCGGCUGGAGGUGAAGCAGAUCAUCCAGAUGCUGCGGGAGUACCUGGAGCGCCUGGGGCGGCACGAGCAGCGGGAACGGCUGGAUGACCUCUGUACCCGCCUGCAGAUGACCAGCACCAGAGAGCAGGUGGACGAGGUGACCGGUCUCCUGGCCAGCUUCACCUCCCUCAGCUUGCAGAUGCAGAACAUAGAGAAGAGGUAGCAGCGGCCCCCUGCCCUCGCUCGGCCACCACCCACCACCCACCCUCGGCUCCAGACACAGCCAAAGCCCGGUCUCCGUCCCCACCCCCCACCCCCAGUGUGGAGUGGCCCGUCAGGCCCUCACCCUCACCUGCAGAGGCUAACCCCAGAGCCUCUUUCCUCCACGGCCCACAGCCGCUUCCUCUGCUCCCGCAGCGCCAGGCCAGCGUCCGGCCACCUGCCGCCCUAGGAGGCCCGCCCAGGCCCAGCCUCCUCUCUGUCUCCCUUCCCGGCCACAGGCCUCUUUGCAGCCAGCGGGGUACAGGCUUGGGGUAAGCACACGGCAGCCCUGGGGGCUGCAGUGGGGGCUGUUGGGCUGGCCCCAUGCUGUCAGCAGCACCGGCCACCUGACAUUCAAGGAGAUCCAGUGGUAGGCUGCUCUGGCCGCUGCAAAGGCUGAGUGAAGCCCUGACCUUCACAAUGCUAGGUCAGGAAGGUCCUUGUGGAACCCCAAGUGGGAACCCCCUAACUCAUUUGGUCCCAGGCCUGAGACUCCAGAGGACUAUCGUAGGUGUGCUAGAUUGAAUAAAGGCCCCCUCCCCACUGAGAAGCCCCUAUACUCUAAUCCCAGGAAACCAUACAUGUUACACGGCAACAGAGACCUGGCGGUCUGUGUUUGUUGAGGGUCUCAAGAUAGUGUGUGGUGUCCUGGACUCCCCAGGUGGCCUGCCGUCACCACCGAGUCCUCCUAAGAGAAAGGACUCGGAGCCCCGAGGAUGGAUGGAGGAUGGAGGUGGCAGCAGAUGGGGGCGAGGGCGGAAGAGGGGGAGCCAGGGCUUCAAGAAGCCAGGAAACUGGCCAUCCCCCUUGAAGCCCCGCCCCUCCUCCCACUCCACCUCCAAGAAGCCUGCCCACCAGCCUUGGCUUUGUCCAGGGGAGAGGGGGCCUUGCAGGCACCCCCUGCAGACUGUGAAAGAAGAAUAAACUUGUGUCUUAAUCCA